GAACACUACUGAGAGGCUUUGACCAGCGCUCAGAGGAGUACGAGAUGCACACUUUCUGUUGUUUUCGCUGCUAUAAUUAAGGUGAAAUGUCAACUCUACGCCACCUCCAUUCAGUAUGAGCACCACACCGGUCCAGGAGGGCCCUGCCCAGGAGGGCCCUGCCCAGGGACUGUCCUCUAGCAGUGGGCAGACGUUACCCUCCCGACCCUUACAGCCCCUCUCUGAUCCCUCAGCUUCUAAAAGAGUCUGUUUCUACAAAAGUGGUGACUAUAAAUUCAGUGGGCAUCGCAUGGUCAUCAAUGCCCGCACCUUCAAGACAUUCGAUGCUCUACUGGAUGCUCUGUCCAAGAAAGUGCCGCUGCCGUUUGGAGUGAGGACCAUCACCACACCUCGAGGAACUCACCUGGUCAAGGCUUUGGAUGACUUACAUGAUGGGGGAGCUUAUGUGUGUUCUGAUCAGAAACGGGUUAAACCACUCAACCUGGAUGAAGUGAACCGCCGGCAGGUACCCUGGAACACCACUAGACCUGUCAGCGCAGGGCGACGAAGGCGACAAGGACUCAGAUUGGGUCAGUUGGGUAGAGCGAAUGAAACCUCUAAUAGACCAGCGAAGGUCACGGAGAGGGUGGCAGUACGGACACCCAAGAGGCUUACAGUCAUCAAGAACAAAGACCCUACUGUUAAACGCACAAUUGUGUUGCAGAGAAGAACAGCACCAACAUUUGAUGCAUUGCUGGAUUACCUGUCCCAGAUCCUGCAGUUCCCAGUACUGAAACUCUACUCUAUCGAUGGCAGACGAGUUGACAGUCUCACUGCACUUAUCUUGUGCUCUGGAGUUGUUGUAGCAGCGAGCAACGAGCCAUUCAGAUUAGGAAACUACCGUUUUAACAGAGCAGUCCAGAUGGCAGAGGCCAUGUACAUGGAAAAUGUGGAUCCAUCAAUGUUGCAACAUAGAGCUCAAAAGAACAAAUCUUUCUCAAGUGGAAGAGGCUCAAGAAACUUCUCCCUGUCAUCUGAGCGAUAUAUCGUCAAUCAGAUAAACAAGUCUCAAACUGGAGGCACGAAUGGCCACCUGCAUCAGCAACAUGGAUCACUUGAAGCAGACGUUCACCAGCAUCAAAUAGAGACAUCUGGGAGGGGAGGUAGCUGCAUCGUACCUCAGGAUGAUGACAUUGAAAAGUCUUUCCGCGUGAAUCAAGACGGCAGCAUGACAGUGGAGAUGAAAGUUCGUCUGACCAUUAAAGAAGAGGAGAUGCUCCACUGGACAACCACACUCAGCCGCUCCAGUCUUAUCAAGAGGUCAGUUUGUGCCUCUAUUCCUGAGUCAGGCAACAGCUCCCCCGACUCAAACACUGCUGUUGCCAAAGCCUCCCUUAGUACUAGUGGGGAUGAAACGAAAGAGGAGAACUAUCCCGCUGGAGCUGGAAAGGGUGUUGGUUUUAAUGAGCAAAUAUAUGAAGGCUACACUUCAGCACCUUUGGGAAAAGCAAAGAAAAGUUUCAAACGCACUCCUACGCCAGGACCUCGGCAUGUUAAUAAGACGGCGUCUGUUGAGAGUGUAAAGAUGGUUACAGAGGCAGGGGUUCAGGAGAGCACCCUGGGACAUUACUCCUACAUGGAGAGGACGGCUGAUGGUGAGACGACAGAGGGAUACUGCGUGGUGAGACACAGCAGCAGCAGCAGCAACAGACCAAUCCCUAAACCUCGGAAAACUGCAUCAGCAGGAGGGAGGAACAAACACUCCAACUCCUCCAUCAGGUCGUCAGGAGUAGCUGAGGUCCUUCAGAUAGAGAACAAUGGGAUGGAGGUUACAGAGACUGUGAUGCAUAUUUAUGAGAGUCAAGGUUGCUAUGACAACUAUUUUGCAAAUGAUGAAUAUAGUGCAGAUGACAUUCCUUUACAUGGCUCCACUGUGUUGCCAGAAAGCAAGCCGUCCACUGGCUCAGGGCCUCGUUCUUCUUGCAAUGAUUGUGAUAUAGAUUGUAGCUGGCAGCCACCCACUGCUGACUCACUACAAAGGCAGAAAGAGGAGAUGUUAUCACUGUCAUCAGAGCCCGUAUCUCUGAGACAUCAGAUUACAAACAAUCUGUCUUCAGUGACUAAGAACGAAGCCCAAACUGCAACCAAUUCACAAAGUCCAGAGAAGGUAAAAGAAGACAACAGUUCGAAAAGUAUGAAGAAAAAGAUAAUUAGGCGUUCUAGCAAUCAAAAAAGUUCAACUUCAACAAGCAGCACAGAAAACAAAGCAAAGGAACACAUAAUCAGCUCCUCAAAAAACAGCAAACAUUCAUCCACUGACAAGCUUAGCAGUCAUUCCAGUGUACGAAAAAAGAGUCUGAAUUCUCCAGACAGUGCUAAAAGUGGUCAAAAGAGAGAAGGAGCAGCAAAGAAAGCAAAAAUGCCUCAGUCUAAGAGAUCAAUCAAAGAUGAACAGAUGCCUAGGAAAGACUCGGCCUUAUUAGAUAGUUCAGAAAAUGUAAAAAGAACACCACCUAAACGACAAAUCAUGACCAAAGCAGUUGGUAAGGAUAAUGGCCAUAAUGUCAAUACUGCAACUGGAAGGCCUCAAAUGAAAAAGAACAUGUCAGAUAUUUUACAAACAAAAAAAUCUUACUUGACAGGCCAAAAGUUAAUUAGCAAACCAAAAUCAAUGAUUGAAAACAGAGUAUCACCACCCAAAAAAUCUUUAGAGCUGAGUGAGAGUGUUUCGAUGCCUGCUCUCGAUCCGUCACCCUCCCAAAUCCACCAGUAUGUUGAGGACUGGUUGGAGAAAGUCACCCCAGAUGCAGGACCAGACAUGGAGGAGGCAAUCACAGAUAGAGCAGAACGUCGGCCCAAUGUUGUAUUUCAGAUUGGUGGUGAUUCUGAAUCAGAUGAAAAGACUGAAGGUCAGUCUACUAUAGAUGAAUGCUAUCCGUCAGCCGGUGAUGCAAUCAAGAAAUCAGCUUCUUCUCUGUCAGUUCCUUUUUGCCAUGAAGGGCCAGCUCAGUUGAACAGUGAACAGAAAGCACGGGGUUUAUGUGUUUCAAUGCCAAGUGUCAGGGUUGACCUUGCAAACCUGGAGAGCAACCUGAGAUCACACAAAUCUGCAGAAGAAAUCUGCGCAGCUGACAACGAAGCAUCUUCAUCCAACGUUUUGAGCCCCAAAGCAAAGAUUAAACCUGUUCUGCGGCAACUUUGUUCAUCAAUUCAGUGCAUCAGAAGAGCAUCAGACAUCAACACACCAUCCAGUCUUGAGAAAUCCAGCAGCGUUCCUGAUUUCCCAACACAAGUAGCCUCAGUGUUCGGCUCAUCGUGUAAAGCCUUCAUGACAUUCUUGUCAGUCAUGACUUUGAGAGACAACCUAAAUCCCCCUGCAUCAGGAGAAAGUAGCCAAUCUAGGACCACCUCUGAGGCCAUGCUAAUGAUGGAGUCCCUGCAGAAAAUUUCUGCCACUGAGGAUGAGGAGGAGCAAAGAGCAAGUCUGACUGAUUUGCAAAGCAGAGCAUCUUCUCAGCUCAGAGAGCGCUGGAAGAAUUUCCAGAUUCUGAGGGAAAGGUUUGAAAGUGAGCCGCUUUCCCCUAAAGUUUCAGAAACUGAGUUUGCACUGGAUGUUGUCUCUGAAGGUGGAGAUGUCUUUGAUGAACGCAUCGAUGAGCUGAUGGAUGAACUGAAUAUGCCAGAAGACCUCAGAGCAGAGAUCACUUCCACAUUCCAACAGGCUAAAAGUUUUUACCCUGUAGAGGAGAGCUCACUCAUGGAAACUGAUAGACACCACUCGGACUCCGAGGAAGAUGUGGAGCAAUUUGUCAAACAAGAUGAAACCAAACUAUCAGCAGAGCUUGAUAGUACAUACAUCGCUGAAGAUGUUUCUGAGAUUCUACAGGGCAAUGAUGAUGCAGAGAUAGACUACCUAAAUAAAAUGGAUACCCCAGAAGAACAGACAAUCAGAGAGUUAGAACAAGAACCUAAUGAAGCUCAGGUAUCGCAGACAGAAAGGGAUGAGCCAUCAAUAGACAAAAAGAAUGAUAUAGAAGAGAAUGAUGGAGAAGUGGAGCAGUCAGAGGGGAUGAAGAACACAGAAGUGUUGGACAGUGAGGAUGAAGGGAAUAAAAAAGGCGAUAGUGAAAGGGAGGAAGAGGCAGCAGAGGAGGUGGUGGAGGAAGAUGAAAAGGAUGGGCUGGAUGAAUGGGAAGCAGAGAAAGGAAAUGGUGGAGAAUCUGUUGAGAAAGAAGAGGAAGACAAAGAGGAAGAGAUGACAAUGGAUGAAGAUGAGGUGGAUGAGGGAUUAGAAGAAGGAGAGAGGGAAGUAGGUGAGGAAACAGAGGAGGGAUCAGUGGAUGAGGAAGCAGGAGAGGAUGAUAGCGUUGAGGAGACAGAUGAGAGAGAGGGUGGUGAAGAGACAGGGGAGGGAGAAGACAGCGAGGAAGAGGAGACUGAGGAGAAGCAAGGGGAUGAGAUUAGUAAGGAGAAAGAAGAUGAGGAGGAAUUGGAUGAAAUGAUGGAGGAGGCAGAUGAAGAGGAGGAACCAGAAAAUAAAAAUGAAGAAGUGGAAGAGGAGGAGGAGGAGGAGGAAGAAAAAAAUGAAGAGUCAGAGGAGGAAGUGGAGGAGGUCACUGAGGUGCACGAUGAGGAAAACGAAAUGGAGGAAGUUAUUGAGGAAAAGAAUGAGGAAGAGGAGGUAGAAAAUAUAAAUGAAGAGCUAGAAGAGGAGGUAGAAAAUAGAAAUGAAGAGAUGGAAGAGGAGGCAGAAAAUAUAACUGCAGAGAUAGAAGAUGAGGUAGAAAAUAGAAAUGAAGAGAUGGAAGAGGAGGCAGAAAAUAUAACUGCAGAGAUAGAAGAUGAGGUAGAAAAUAGAAAUGAAGAGAUGGAAGAGGAGGAGGGAGAAGAUACGUAUGUAGAUACUGCGAAAGAUGUAGAGGAGGAGGUUAAUGAGGAGGCAGAGCAAGAGGAAGAAAUGGAGGUAGAUAUUGAGGAGAAAGAUGAGGAAUAUGAAGAAGAUGUUGAGGGAAAAGAAGCGCAAAAAGAGCAGGUGACAGAAGUGGUUAGCGAGGAAAAUGAGGAUGAAGAGGAGGAAAAUGAGGAGGAGGAAGAAAUAGAACAAGAGGAGGAACAUGGAGAGCAGGAUGGUGAGGAGGCUGAGAUAAACAAUACAGAAGAAACUAGAGCAAAGGUUAUCACAGAUGAGGAAGAGGAAGAAUGUGACAAGGAUGUAGAAGAAGAAGAAGAAAAGUAUAUUGAAGUUGAAGAUAGUGGGAACAUUACAGCAGAUUCAGUAGAAGAGAGAGAAACAGUAGAGGAGUUAGAGGGUGAAGAAAAUGUGACAGCAGGGCAAACUGUAGAUGAAGAAGAGAGGGAUGAUGAAGAUAAAGAGUUUGAUAAGGAAUUAGACCAGGUGGAAGAACAAUCAAAGGAUGAGGCAGAGGAAGUAAGUGUUGCUGAAGAUGUACAGAGUUGUGCUGAUGAUGAGGAUUGUAGAAGCAUGCCAGAAGAGGCCUUCCAUCAUCAGCAGCAUGAUAGUAGCUGUGAAGAAGCAGAUUCACAACAAAACACUGAAUCACCAACCAAAUAUUCCUCUGAGGGCCAGUGUGAGGAUGACAAAGGUAAUGGGACAGACACUGUUAAUGAGACAGACGAGGCAGGAGAGCACUGUGAGGAAGGAAGCAGCAGUGUAACCCAUCCCGUGGAAAUAUCACAGGAGUUACUUGACUUUGUGAACUAUGCCCUUCAGUCUUCUUCACUUGUAUUCACAUACGACACUCAAGGAAACAUUAGGAUAGAGCCUGACAAUGCUCGAGUGACACAAAAUAAGCAAACUGUCAUUCCAAAAACUAGAAAGGACAGUUCGUACGGUUUAAAACGUCUUCCAAGUCCGAGCACCUCUGAUUUGUCUGAUUACAGACCAGAAACAUCAGAGAGCGGUGGAUAUAAAACUCAGGAGUCUAUAGAUAUUGUCUCAGAGAGUGGAGAAGAGGGUUCAGAGAAGGCUUCUCCAGUCCACAAAGGUUCAGCACACAGGACUGCGAGAACAAACGCACAGCAAGCAAAACUGUCCGUUGCAAGUAAUUCAGAAGCCCUGCACCGUUCCCAACAAAAAGGUUCAGGAAGUUUUUCUUCAAGUGACUCAGCCCCUAAAGCCUCAGGAGAGGAUCUGUCUUACUUCAGUGCUGCGAGCUCAUCUAAAACAGAAGCUGAAGCCGCCAUACAGGCCACACAGGCCGUACAGAGUACUUCUUUUGUCUUAGAAAAAGACCCAGCCGGUGGGGUUUUGAUUGACCAAGGCAGAUGGCUCCUAAAAGAAAACCAUCUCAUCAGAAAAUCUCCCCCAGUCUCACUGGGAAUGUACAGUAACUUGGACAGCACAUCCCUAGACACAGGUCAGGAGAACAAUGGCGAAGACUCCCCGGUUCAUAGUAAAACCCAGCACAGCCCUCUUGCAGCCAUAUCCUCAUCAGAGCUUGAGGAGAUGGCAAAGCCUCAAACUCCGCGGUGCACCUACUUCAACAUGCCACACGGAAGCGAUUCGGACCCCUUCAUGGAUGAUUCCUUUGUCAAAAGUGGAAAAAAGGAUUCAAUCAGUUUUAAAGGCAGAGGUGUCCGGGUGUCACCUACGGUCGAUACCUCCAAAACUUGGGCAAAUAAAAAUGGCAGUCUGUCUUCAUUUGCAUCAGUAGAGUUUAAAAUACCAGACAGAAAAGUGCAUCCUGAGGGGGAGUCCUCACCUGUGACACAGGCAAGAAGGACAUCUAGUGGAGGCAGGCAUGCACUGCAAGCCCAGGACUCACUGGAAACAUUGCAUGUGAGAUGUGGCCAAUACUGCCCUAUACUAUGAAAACAGACACUUUAUUCACAUGUGCUUGUUUAUGGUGUACUGUCAGUCUUGCCUGGGAUUGUUUUCUUGUAAUGUAGCAAGAAAAGGUUUUGACAUUAUACCUAAACAGUCUUGAACAAGAACCUUUUGCAGCCUCACCAGACCUAUAGGUGUGUGCUGUGAAUGAAGAGAGCUGUGCCUCCAAUUUAAAUUUGAAUAUAGUCAAAACUCUUCAUUUACACACAAUAAACUCAUGUGAUAGCAUACGAUCAGCAAAAUAAGAAAUACAUCAGUUUGACUGAUUUGUUGCUCCUGUCUGUUCAUCACUGUAUUAACUAUUAUUACAGAAUCCAACAGUUUCUUCUUGAAUGCCAUAUAAUGCAUCUGAGAAAGGACUGUAUCUGAUAAAGAAAGCAGAUUUUAUUUCCUGUGUUGCUUUUGAUUUUAUUGUCUGUUUGGAUUCUUCCAAAAUGUGAAAUGCAUGUUCAUUUUAAGAACUAACGUGGAAAAUUAAAUGCAUAAAUGAAUGAAAAGGCUGCUGUAACUUGCUGACAAUCAAAUCAUACUAUUCAAAUGUCACUGAUUAAUUACACAAAUGUUCAAAAGUUUGCGGUCACUUAGAAAUGUCCUUAUUUUUGAACGAAAAGCAGCUUUUUUCAAUGAAGAUAACAAUA